AGGUGGCUGGAUGGAGUAACUGAAACAGUAGGGGUGAACUUAAAUGGACUCCAGAAGAUGGCAGAGGACAGGAAGACCUGGACUUCGCAAUUAACAACAAAAAUUAGUAAAAGACUCAAAUACUGUAUCUUUACAGCAAUCAGCCAAGCGGUAGAAAUUCUGUAACAGUGUAACUGAACUCUGCCUUAGGCGCAGUUCAUCUUGUUUCAAUUUCAAAAGGAACUUUUAAACUACAGUUAAUGAAACUGAUCACAAGAUGUGUUGAUCGCGGAGAGAUAGGGAGUGGACCUUAAAUUACAAGACGCACCUGCCUUUGUGGUGGGGAUUAUUUAUUUAUCGCAUGGCACAUUCACAUCCCAUAAAAACACAAGAGAUAAAAACGAUAACAACAAAUGAAAUAUAAAAUCCGACAGGGAAGCCUUGAUGAAAUACAGUGCAUGUACGUUUGGACUGACCCCUUCAAAACGAUCUUUUGCCGAUAAGAACACCUGUGCGAGUCUGCCUAAUUCCUUGGCCAUCAGCGUGGAGAAAAGAAACCGAGUCUGCAUCCCGGGAAAGCCAAAAGCAAAACCGUGACCUGCUGCCUUCCCCCUCCCCGCGAUCUCCCAACCGCUUUGGAGUUCGGGAUCCAACCGCAAAAUGGAGAAGUCCUCCACUGCAUAGGCAAUGGGGGGGGGGGUUGUUUUCUUCCGUUCUAGCUUUUCUCGGUGGUUCUUCCGCAGAUCUAAAACGUCACCUCCGGUUUCUCCUACGGACCCUAGGCCAAUCACGGCAUCCUCUACCCCGAAUUCUCCGCCCCCUUUUUCCAACCAGUACUGAGUUGCCGUCCUGAGGCAAACAGGGCUCAGCUCCCCCCUUCGGGUCGUAUGCGUCUCUCGCUUGCUCUUUCUCCUUCUUCGCCCCCGCCCCCCCUUCUUUCCACAGCCAGACGCCGACGUAGCAGAGAGAAAAGAGAUGGCGGCGGCGGCGGCCAAGGCAAAGGAAGCCGCGGCGGGAGGAGCGCGAGGCACCCGCAAGGUUAAGGCGACGUCGCGAGGGCGCCGUCUUGAGCUGUAACCGUUCUUUUCCCUUAGGACGCCCCCCCCUCCCCCCGGUCCCAUAGCUUCAACCCGCCAGAAAGGCAGCUCCGACUCCCUCCUUCUUCCGAGCGUCUCUCAGCCUUGCGAGGGGCGACGCCGGCCGCCGAGAGGAGCUUCCAUCCCUUCGCUAUUAUGCUGGUACCUCUCGGGAACGCCGAGAGCCUCCCGGCCGCCCGAGACAGAUGCUGAAAACCCUUCUGGCUCCGGCCACCGUUUCUGCCUGCUAGGACGGCGCCUGGCCGGGACGCUGGGUUCCUCUCCAGCUAUGUAUUUCCUCAGCGGCUGGCCCAAGAGGCUGCUCUGCCCUAUAGAGGCUCAGGAGCCCCCGCUCGGUAUUCAAGCCGACCCGCAAAGGACUUUGUUCGCCGUGUUGUCCCCGUCCCAGCUCAGCAUCUGGUACAACAGGCCCAGUGUGCUAAUUGUAAGCUACAAAGAAACACUAAAAGCUGUGUCGCAGUUUGGACAUUAUGACCAAGCUGAAUGGAAGCCUGACAGUACCAUGAUAGCUGUUUCGACUGCAAAUGGAUACAUAUUAUUUUUCAAUCUUCUUUCUGCAAGAGACAAAUACUUGUAUGAGCCAGUGUAUCCCAAAGGAAGCCCCCAUCUGAAAGGAACACCGUAUUAUAAGGAAGAACAAUGUGCUCCAUCAUUAAAUCUAGAGAAGAAACAAGUGCUAGAUUUACAAGCAGCUAUUACCAGUUUACAGUCCAUGCUAGAGGAUCUGAUCAUUGCUACAGCUGAUGGUCUUCUCCAUCUUAUUCACUGGAAUGGCUUGACGAAUGGAAGGAAAGCCAUAAAUCUCUGUACAGUACCAUUUUCAGUGGAUCUACAUUCAUCUAGAGGUUCUUUUUUGGGUUUUGAAAGUGUGCACAUAAGAAAUAUGGAAUACUGUGCUACUCUUGAUGGAUUUGCCGUAGUGUUUAAUGAUGGUAGAGUUGGUUUUAUUACACCAAUGUCAAGUGGAUUCCCAGCAGAGCAACUCCAUGGUGUUUGGGCACAGGAAGUUUUCGAUGGGACUUGUGUGGCUAUAAAUAACAAGUACAGAUUAAUGGCAUUUGGCUGUGCAAAUGGGUCUGUGCAAGUGUAUACAAUAGAUCAUUCCACAGGGGCCAUGCAAUUGUCUCACAAACUGGAACUAACACCCAAGCAAUAUCCCGAUAUUUGGAACAAAACAGGAGCUGUUAAACUCAUCAGAUGGUCUCCUGAUAAUUGUGUUGUUAUGGUGACCUGGGAAUGUGGAGGCCUGUCUUUAUGGAGUGUAUUUGGAGCCCAUCUUAUUUGUACUCUAGGAGGUGACUUUAUUCAUCGAACUGAUGGUACUAAAAAGGACCCUUUAAAGAUCAGCUCUAUGAGCUGGGGAUCAGAAGGCUAUCAUUUAUGGGUAAUCGAUGCAAAUAAUUUUGGGAAUUCAGUGACUGAGAGCAAAAACAAAGGACAGCAUUUUGGUAUUUUGCAAUUUCAGUUCAUCAAAAGUGCACUCGCAGUUAAUCCUUGCAUAAGCAGCCAGGAGCAGGUCCUCCUUCAGGGAGAAGAUCGCUUAUACUUGAACUGUGGUGAUGUAGUGCAAGCUCAGAAUCCUAGAAGUUCCUCAGCACAUGCUGAACAUAAGACUGUCAGAGAAAGAGGCCAAUUUUCAUAUGAGAACUUAGAUUCUCAGGGUUUAAGCACUUUAUUAGGGCACAGACAUUGGCAUGUUGUACAGAUUCACAAUAUAUAUUUAUAAAUCAACUGGCCUAUAAGGUUUUCAGCCAUUGAUAAGAUGGGGCAGAAUGUAGCUGUAGUUGGCAAAUACGGCUUUGCACAUUACUCUCUGCUUUCCAAAAAAUGGAAAUUGUUUGGCAACAUUACCCAGGAACAAAAUAUGACUGUUACUGGAGGCUUAGCAUGGUGGAAUGACUUCAUUGUCAUUGCAUGUUACAACUUAAGUGACCGCCAGGAAGAGCUAAGAGUAUAUUUACGAACAGCCAAUCUGGACAAUGCAUUUGCUCAUAUCACCAAAGUGCAGGCAGAAACAUUAUUGCUCAGCGUCUUUCGGGACAUCAUAAUUUUGUUCAGAGCAGACUGUUCCAUUUGCCUUUAUAGUAUUAAAAGAAAAUCUGAUGGCCCUAAUCCCACUACAAGUAUUCAGGUUCUGCAAGAGGUGUCUAUGUCACGUUAUAUUCCUCACCCUUUCCUUGUUGUGUCUGUUACUUUAACAUCAGUAAGAACAGAGACAGGUAUCAGCUUGAAAAUGCCACAGCAGGCCUGUGAAGCAGAGAGCAUUAUGUUAAAUUUAGCAGGACAGUUAAUCAUGGUACAGAGGGAUCGAUCAGGUCCUCAGAUACGAGAAAAGGAGAGUAGUCCCAACCAAAGGAAACUUCUGCCAUUUUGUGCUCCUGUUGUACUUGCCCAGUCUGUAGAAAAUGUUUGGACGACCUGCCGUUCUAACAAACAGAAACGGCACAUAUUGGAGGCUCUAUGGCUCAGCUGUGGGGGAUCAGGUAUGAAGGUCUGGCUUCCUUUGUUUCCCAGGGACCAUCGCAAACCACAUUCCUUUCUUUCAAGACGGAUCAUGCUGCCUUUCCACAUUAAUAUCUACCCCUUGGCUGUUUUGUUUGAAGAUGCCUUGGUUCUUGGUGCUGUCAAUGACACUGUGCUUUACGACUGUUUAUACACUCACAGCAGUGCUGUUGAACAUUUAGAGGUCCUCUUCCCCUUCUGUAUUGUUGAGAGAACAUCUCAGAUCUACCUCCAUCACAUUUUACGCCAGCUUUUGGUGAGGAACCUAGGUGAACAAGCCUUGCUUUUGGCUCACUCUUGUGCCGCAUUACCGUAUUUUCCUCAUGUACUAGAACUGAUGCUCCACGAAGUGCUGGAAGAAGAAGCUACCUCGCGGGAUCCCAUUCCCGAUCCUCUCCUUCCCACUGUGGCUAAAUUUAUUACAGAGUUCCCCCUCUUCCUACAGACUGUUGUUCAUUGUGCUAGAAAAACAGAAUAUGCCCUGUGGAAUUAUCUCUUUGCUGCUGUUGGAAAUCCAAAAGACUUGUUUGAAGAGUGUUUAAUGGCCCAGGAUUUAGACACAGCUGCAUCUUACCUUAUUAUUCUGCAGAAUAUGGAAGUUCCAGCAGUUAGUAGGCAGCAUGCAACUCUGCUAUUCAAUACAGCUUUGGAGAAAGGAAAGUGGGAUCUUUGUCGGCACAUGAUCAGAUUUCUGAAAGCCAUUGGCUCUGGAGAAUCCGAAACUCCUCCUGCUACACCAACAACUCAGGAACCUACUUCAAGUGGUGGCUUUGAAUUCUUCAGACAUCGCAGUAUUAGCUUGUCUCAAUCUGGAGAGACACUUCCAGCUGGCAAAUUUAACUUGCAAAAAACCUUGAGCAUGCCAUCUGGCCCGUCUGGGAAAAGAUUGAGUAAGGAAAGUGAUUGUGCUGAGAACAUGUAUAUUGACAUGAUGUUGUGGAGACAUGCUCGACGUCUUCUGGAAGAAAUCAGGCUUAAGGAUCUUGGUUGUUUUGCUGCGCAGCUGGGCUUUGAGUUGAUAGGCUGGUUGUGCAAAGAGCGUAACCGAGCUGCCCAUGUGGACGAUUUUGUGACUGCCUUGAAGAAAUUACACAAUGAUUUUCUUUGGCCAUUUCCCAUUAUCCCAGUGUGCUCCAUAAAUUCACCUCUGAAGAAUGGAAAAUGUAGGACAGUAAUAGGUGAACAACUCUUAAAAUCACAGUCUGCUGACAGCUUUUUAAACAUGGAAAUAGACAGUGGCCUCCCAGAUGUACCAAGGAGUCAUAGCUGGUUUGGUGCCAUCAGCUCCUCCCAAAGAGAGAUGGACACAGCAUCCUCCCACGGCCCUCAAAUGCAGGAGGCAUUUCUCUCACCUUUGUUAAGUAAAGUGGGUGACGAGGGGAGCAUUGGCUCUGCCACGGACCUGACAGAAACAAGCUCUAUUGUGGAUGGAGACUGGACUAUGGUGGAUGAAAAUUAUUCCACCUUGAGUCUGACGCAAUCUGAAUUGGAACAUAUCUCUUUGGAGCUGGCCAGCAAAGGGCCACACAAAUCACAAGUUCAGCUGCGGUAUUUGCUUCAUAUUUUCAUGGAAGCAGGAUGCCUGGACUGGUGCAUGGUCAUAGGCCUCAUCCUUCGAGAAUCCUCAGUCGUCAAUCAAGUGUUUAGUCUAGCGCAGUCUUCAGAGGUCGAUGGGGAGAUGUUGCAGAACAUUAAGACAGGACUGCAGGCAGUAGAAAGCUGGGCUUCUGUAGACUGUCCUGGCUAUAAGCCAUUUUUAACCAUUAUCAAGCCACAACUGCAGAAACUGAGUGAGAUAUCAGAGGAACAGGUGCCACUGGAAGUCUUUCAGCCUACAAAUCUAUCAAGGGUGGCUGAACAAGCCAGUCCAAGGGUGGAAGAGAACCGGAUUUCAGCUAACCACAGCGCUAGCCCUCAAAAUGAGGCUGGUCCUAAUACUUCAAUUCGACAUGAUGAGGACAUGCUUGGACUGGAGAAGGAAGACCAUCCCCUUCAGGAAGGCAGUUAUGAUUGUACUGUCUCCUGACAGAAUCAGACAUGAUAACUGUUUUAGUAAAGCUUCGUAAUGAUGGCAUUGAAGAAUACGGCUAUUGGAAGGAAGUACAGUAAUCACUUUUUUCCAAAACAUAUGUUUAGUUUUGCUUUACUUUGUUUUUGUUUUUAAUGAAUACUUCUUUUUACAUGUGAUGACUAGAGAAUCUCCUUGAAUUUGUGAAUGCUUUCCCAGUAACUUCCUCAAUUCUUUCGUUUAUCUGAUUCUAUGAAAAACAGCAAUAUUCUGCUGUAUUCCAAGAAGAUUUAUUUGAAGCUCUUGUAAGCUCUUUUUCCUUAAUCAUGCAGAACACCUACUCUAUAUCAGUGUAUAUGAUCUUUAUUGCAUUUUUUUAAAAUGAAAGAAAAAAAACUUGGAGACAAUUCUAAAAUUUACCCAUCUGCACCAUCCCCAACCCAGUUUUUGAACCAAAACUUGAACAAGUUGACAAUGAAGCUUGCUCAGAUGAAAUGUUGAUGCAUUCUGUGUAGUUUAAUUGCCUAAAGGAAAUGAUGGCCUGAUUAAGCUAAAUUCUGUUCUAUAAAUUAUGCAGGUAUCAGAAAUUUGACAUCACCAAAUAUUAUAUAUUAAAGGUUGUAAAAUACAUUGUAUCUUUUGUGAAUACUCUUAUAUAUUUUCAAUAUACUGUUUUUGCUUUUGGCUUUGCUCCACAGUGUAGGGUAGCUUUAUCUAUCUUGCAUGUUUGUACUUUUAACUGCAGAAAAACUAAAAGUAAAGUUGCACUUCAAUCAGAAUGCAACUGAUUUUUCAUCUGGCAUUAGUUGCAGUUUCAUUUCGUCAUUUAGUCUGUUCAGAUCCAUUCUGAACAAAAAGAUUUUAAACGAAUUACUGAAUUCUUAUUUAUUUCAAUUGUAAAGAUGCUUUUCUCAAGAUUAUUUUUGUGUAAAUAAAACCACUUUAUAUAUUACUGCUAUUAAGACUUUGUAAUGGCAAUGUACAGUGUAUAUAUAUAUAAACCACCAUCUUGCUAAUAUUUUAUAAUGCAUAUACUUGUAACUAAAAAAUGUUUAUUUUAACUUUCAUACAACAAUAUUAUGAAAAACUGGCUGCAGCAGAAUCUCAUGUUUGCUUGAGGUACUUAUUUUUUCAAUCUGCUGACUCCAGAUUGGUAUUAUAAAUACUGAUGUGUAAUAUUAAAUACCUGUAACAGUAUUAAAAUUUAAAUAUUGUUUGGCUUGUACUGUGCAGUUGGGAAAAAUGCAGCACUACUACUUUUUCUACAGAAACCUAAUACUUAUUUUUAUAAUAAGGGUGUAAUUAAUACAUACAUGGACCAAAAUCAUUUAUCUUUUAGGUAGUAUGAGAAUCAGCAUCAGCCACAGUCAUAGUUCAUGAAAUACUCUAUGCGAAUUCUGAAUGAAUAUAUUAUGAACAGUCAAAAAUAUUGCUUCCUAACCUUAGCAAAUUGAAGGUGGGUGGUCUUCAACUCCCAGAAUUCUCAGCAAUGGUUGCUGGAAAUUGCCACGGUUGGAAAACCUGGUUAAGAGGGUCAAGAAAAAUACUGGUUAUGACUUUAUAUAUUUGCUUAGAAAGGCAUGGUCAUGUCUUUUUAUUGAUAAAUGUAAUUAGACAGAUUUUAUUGCUGUUGUAUAACCUUCACCAUUGGUAAGACUAUAAGUAGUGGUACAUGUGCAAUAACUUUUAAAUAAAAUAUAAAGGGGUGGAAAUGACCUAACUUUUCCAUACUUCUGACAUUGUAUUUUGUCUACCAUCAUGGGUGCAAAAAUUGUCAUUUUUCUUACAUCAGAAAAAAGAGACACUACUUUUCUAUACUGUAGUAUUGAACAUAUUAAUAGCUAUUGCCACCACAGCCUUAAGCACUACACUGCUGUGGUUCCAGCCUAAGCAGCAUUUUUUUAUAACAGCAUUCAUCACAUGCAUUAUCUCCAGUGCUCUUAAUUCUGUUACUCCUAAUAAGCCCUUUUCACACCUCUACAAUGGGGACAUCUUCCUACUUUGGAACUUAAGCUGGUUCCUAUGUUAUUAGAUACCUGCAUUAGAAAAUGGAUGCCACCCUGAAAGCAGAAAUAUCCCCAACUGACCAGCAUUUCCCUCUGAAUAAACUGCAUAAUACUAUUAAAAUUGAAGGGUUUAAAUAGUUCAAUUGAUGAUAAGUAUAGGAAGAAAGACAUUCCAUGUUCAGUGUGCAGCAGAUCUAAAAUUGUAUAGGAAGGGCUACUUGAGCCACUUGCUAAAGCUCCAGUUCAAGAGGAAUUCCCAUUAGUCUCCUUCAUUGGUAUAGGUGAUCAUACAAGAAGCGUCUUCUCCAGUUUAAGGCAGAAACUGAAUCACAGUUGUUUUUUUUAUAGUGGAAUGAAAUCUGCACACUCAAACAAUUCUGCUGGACUUCAAAGCAACAGGGUUUUAAAACACAAUUCUUCCUGUUGCUAGGAGACAAUGCAGUAGAGCUUGUUUGGUUUUUGCAUCUGCUUUCUCUCCAAGCAACCAAAUGAUGAGAAUGGGAAGAGAUUCCAUUUACCUAAUAGAUGAAGCAGUAAAGAAUUUUCACCUAAAUCUGAUGGAAGAAGUCGCUGUAGCAUGCAUAUUACUUACUUUGUUGAGGAAAGAAUUGCCAUUGAUUGAAAGAAUACAACUGCCUGGUCUAGUAAGGAGGUAGUGGAAUGAGACAACUCACCACAGGAUACCUGGCUGCAGGACAAUUUAACAAUUCAACUAUUUAAAAUAAAUAAAAUAUUUAAA